AUGGCAGAUAUCCUUUUAAAUGCCGCUGGAUGGAUAUUGCCAUCUUUACACCGCUCACGCAGGGCCCCGACAACUUCAGAAGAGACGUGUGAGGCUGGAACGAAUCCCUGCACGCCUCCGCUGGGCCAGCGACCGGCAAAUGAAGCGGGCAGCAGAAGCGUUACUCCUUCGCCCCCACCUCAGCAGCAAUCCCGUGCCACUGCUAACGACGCUGCUGGUGAUGUAUAUCCAUCUGGGCAUCUUUGUGCCCAUAAACGACUGAAAGGAAAAAGUAGCAGGCAUAUGGGAACGAGUGUUAUCGCAAAAGGAAUGGAAAGCUUGCUCCGGUGCAUCUUGUCAGAGGAUAAACGGGACACUCCGCUCUCGAUGAGCGUGGCAGACGACUCACUAUCGCCACUGGAACGCGAUGCUGCGUGGACUACACCCAAUAAUUCCCAGGAAAUCACCACAGAGAGUGAAAAGGAACGGCAAUGGCAAAAGCUGAAGAUCUCACAGCCUGCUGCGAGGGCAACAUAUCGCCUUCCCGAUGCACAAAUAGAGGGCAGCGAGCACUAUUCCGUUGAGCAGCUGAGCACCCACUCUGUUGGUCAUGUGCGGCAACGGUUCACAUCACCGUACCUCUCUGAGUGGGAAAAGCCAAUGUCUCUGAUGUGUGAGCCGGUGCACGACCGUGGGGACCGGUUUAUAAUGGAGCGCACUAACAAUCAACUUCUUCCCACAUCGGGAAAGGAGGCACCGAAAAGGCCUAAACAGGUGAGAGAACAACAUUUGAGCGCAGCCGCGGCGAGCUUUAAGCGGCAGUGCCGUGAUGCUGCCGAAAACUACGGCGCGGAUGUUGGUCGGUGCAUCCGAGACAAAAGGGGUGAUAAACUUGCCGCUUGCCUUCGUGACGUCGAAGGGAAACUCCGUGGUGACAGCAAGGGAGGCAGCAUCACUUCGGUCACAAUGAAUGCAGAGGAAAAACGCCAACACCUUUACCCACGCUGGCCGCAGCAGUACAGCGCUCUUAACGACAGUAACGAAACUCUUUUGCGCGCCGUUGACACAGAUGUCGACAGGAAGGUGCGUUACAUUUAUGAGAUCGUACUGGGCGACUUUGUGAGGAGUGCUGUUGAGGUAGAGGCAAGAAAGUGCAUAAAUUUCUUUAAUCAUAUGGCUCAACGAGCUCUGGAGUCGUAUGUCAUGCGCGCUCUUGUCGCCAAAGUGGAACCAACUUCGAAAAGUUUAGUUGCGACAAAGGCGCUUUCACAUGGCAUACGUCGCCACAUCGAAUGUGGAAAGGCUGCAUAUAUAUGUGAGCUUGCCGAGGACGAGGAUGAUAGAGCUGUUUUUGAGACAACUCUAACGACGGGCAAAUGGGACAGCUCGCGAUCUCAGAACUCUGGUGAGCAGGAGAGGGUUGCUGUGUCACUCAAGAGCGGAAUAGCAAUAACGUACCGGCAGUUGUCGACAUUGGCACCAGGCGUGUGGUUAAACGACCAAAUUAUCAACGCCUACCUGGGACUAAUUUGUGACGAGUAUAAUGUGAGGGCUGGCUGUGAAGCUGCGGUGUCUAUGGGGACACAUUUCUAUGCCAAAGUACAGCAAGAGAUGCGAAUAGGAAAUGCCGGUUUGAACCCCUCGUCGGGCGGAUUCCCAACUCUUGAGCAAAACAGUGGUGUCCUCCGUUGGCUGAAAAGGCGUCGGCAUAUCUUGCAAUCGGGUACCACCCGCAUUGUGCUUGUGCCUGUCAACUUGUGGCAGUCGCACUGGACACUUGCCGUACUUGAUUGGGAACGAAACAGAUGGACAUAUUACGACAGUUUGCUGUACGGAAAUGCCCCUGUGCCACAGGGAAGUACUGUGCUUGGGGCGCUUCACCACACAUUUGAGGAAGCGCGGCGUAUUUUGUGUGAUAGUGACGAUGCUAAUAGCAAUCAUACCGUUAAGGCUGAAAGAGGCUAUCAACCGCGUGUGAAUGGUGCUGCUGAUCAACGAAGGUUGACUGUAGCCACACCAGUUGGAAGCUGCUGCGGUUACGACGCGACAAAUGGUUGGUUUGAUGUCGCACCUCAACAGCAGAAUUCGUCUGAUUGUGGUGUUUUUGUGUGUCACGUGGCGUGGUGUGUUGUCAACGGCGUCGCUUUAACCUUCACGCAAGAGGAUGUGACGGCACUUCGGCGCGUGAUGCUCCACGAGCUGCUGCUUCAGCGUUUGUUACGGCGGUUACCACUGGCCUUAUACACGAAGGCGUGA